AUGGAUCCAGCCAAUGGGACCAGAGUGCAGGAAUUCAUUUUGCUGGGGUUUGGAGUCGGGCAGCAGAAGCGCUUCUGGCUGCUCGUCUUCUUCACCAUUCUCUAUGUGUUCACCUUGGCUGAGAAUGUCACCAUCAUCGUACUGGUGGUUCUAGAUGCCCAGCUGGCCCGGCUUCCUAUGUACAUCUUGCUGAGCAACUUCUCCUGGCUUGAGAUGUGUUACGUGACUUCUACUGUGCCCCGGAUGCUGUUUGACCUGGCAUCUACCCAAGGGAUCAUCUCCUUCAACGCCUGCUUCCUACAGUUUUAUAUCUUCUUCUCUCUUGGGGACACAGAAUGUUUAUUCCUCUCAGCCAUGGCUUUGGACCGGUACUUGGCUAUUUGCCACCCACUUCGCUACACACAGAUUAUGUCCUCCGAUUUCUGCUAUGCUCUGAUGGUAACCUGUUGGGUUCUUGGGUUCCUGUGGCAUAUUUUUCCGGUGCUCUUGAUAUCCAACUUGUCCUUCUGUGGCCCAAAUGUAAUUGAUCACUUUUUGUGUGAUCCAGGACCUAUUUUGUCUUUGGCCUGCCCUCCGGUACAGAACUUUCCCGUCAUUAGUCAAAUUGUUGCAGACACCCUGGUAAUUCUGGGUAAUUUCCUCUUUGUGGUGUUAUCCUAUGGUGCUGUGAUUCUCACCCUGAUGAAAACUUCCAACCGAGACAAUCGUAUGAAGGCAUUCUCUACCAUAUCUUUCCACUUGGUGGUGGUGAUGAUCUUCUAUGGUCCUGUAGCUACGAUGUACAUGAUUCCAGGCAGAGAAAGUCAGUCAGAGGUGGCUAAGUUAGUAACGGUGUUCUACACUGCUGUGACACCCUUUCUCAAUCCCCUCAUCUACAGUCUGAGGAAUGAUCAGGUGAAGGAGGCACUGUGGAGAUUGAGAAAGAGAAAGAUGAGAAUAUUGAGGAGAUAG